CUGCUCUGCAUCGCGCCGCUAUAAGAGCGGCUGCGGCGGGCGGGUGCGGCACUGCGCUGCUGCGAGUGAGAGCGGGAGCGGUGCUGUUGGUGGGGAGAGCGUGAUCGCCAUGCCUGAGCCGGCCAAGUCUGCGCCCGCGCCCAAGAAGGGCUCCAAGAAAGCCGUCACCAAGACGCAGAAGAAGGGCGACAAGAAAAGAAAGAGAGCACGGAAGGAGAGCUACUCGAUCUACGUGUACAAGGUGCUGAAGCAGGUGCACCCCGACACGGGCAUCUCGUCCAAGGCCAUGGGCAUCAUGAACUCCUUCGUCAACGACAUCUUCGAGCGCAUCGCCGGCGAGGCGUCGCGCCUGGCGCACUACAACAAGCGCUCGACCAUCACCUCGCGGGAGAUCCAGACGGCCGUGCGGCUCCUGCUGCCCGGCGAGCUGGCCAAGCACGCCGUCUCCGAGGGCACCAAGGCGGUCACCAAGUACACCAGCUCUAAGUAGAGCGCUGCGGAUCCUGUUUUUAACCCAAAGGCUCUUUUCAGAGCCACCCAAGUUUUCACUGAAAGGGCUUUAAUUUCCAUUAAAUAUUACCAAGAGCAUGUUUUCUGAACUUAAAUACAUCUUCAAUAUGGAUGACUUAAUAGUCCUUGUGUUAUAGCUAUAAUUUUGUCUGCUGGUCCUGAUGCUUUGGUUGCACACAAAUUAAUUGCUUUCUAUGCCAUAGUCAUGACUUGAUUUUAGUAGCUUCUUUACCACCACCCUUUACUGUACUACUCUGGGCUACACUGUUAGUUACUUGUGGCAAUUCUUGUGCAUGUGUGAUACUGCUCAAUGAGCAUCCCUGGUGUGUGCAAGGGCAGAAAGGGAAAGUUGUGUCGAUGCUCAGUCCUUUGUUCUUGCUCCUGUAUCGGCUUUACUUUAGCAGUAACGUACAUAAGCAAAUAUACUUAAA